CUUUUUCAGUCUUCUCUGUUAAUUAUGAACUGAACUUAAACUCAACUCUGAUUGAACUGAAAUGAAGAAAUGGCAUUCAGAAUUAGGGUUUCGUGCAUAGCGAGAAAGAGUUACAGAAGAACACCACACAAUUUCUUCUUCCGUCAACACUCCAAUUCAUCUUCAACUUCGAAUUCGAAUCCUCUUCUCCUCAAAUUGCUUCACCUCCCAGAUUCACGCAUCAAAACGACGCUGGAUCAUGAAUUUCCCUCCCUUCCCACCUCACUACUUUCAUUGGACUUUCUUAUCACCUCUCUAUCCCCUUCUUCUUCUCAAAAACAAAACUUGGUUUUGGAAUGGAUUCUGGAGAAAUCGCUAAAACAAAAUGUAAAAGAUCAUAGUUUUUUCUCUGAUCUCAUCUUUCUAUGUGGAAAGGCGAAGAAUGUGAAACUAGGGAUGCAUGUUUUUAGUUCUAUGGAAGCUGUUGGAGUUAAACCGACGAGUAUGGUUUUCAAUUCACUUAUAAAUGUAUGCUUGUUUUCCGGUGACAUUGUUACAGCAUAUAGUUUAUUUGAGAUCAUGGAGAGUUCUGAGAGGUGUAAACCUGAUUUUCGCACUUAUGAUAACUUCAUUUCAGCAUUUUCUAAGUCAGGGAAUGUUGAUGCCAUAUUAGCUUGGUACUCGGCUAAGAAGGCUGCUGGACUUGGUUCUGAUCUUCGAAUGUUUGAAUUGGUUUUGACGGGUUGUGUUUAUUCAAAAAAGUUUGAGAUUGCUGAUACAGUUUUUGAAGAAAUGAUGGUUUCUGAAAUUAUACCCAAUGGAACCAUACUCGAAAGUAUGCUUAAAGGGCGUUGUGAGCAAAAGAGUUUAUGUCGGGUGGAGGAGUUUGUUAAGCUUGUGCUAGAUAACGGAUGGGAAAUCAGUGAAACCAUGGUUGAGAUGUUAAUAGCAUUGUAUCAUGAACAAGAGCGAGUGGAGAAGAUGGAGGAGUUACUUGAAACGAUGACAAAGUAUCUGGUUGAUUCUGGUGUCCUCUUGCAAAUUCAUUGUGGGAUUUUAAGGAUGUAUGCCGUGUUAGAUAGAUUGGACGAUGUAGAGUUAUCUGUUGGUAGAAUGUUGAAACAAGGGAUGUCGUUCCCAAGUUCAGAUGAUGUUGAAAAGGUUAUCUGCUCAUACUUUAGGAAGGAAGCUUAUGAUAGGUUAGACAUAUUCUUGGAAUGUAUAAAGAAUUCUUAUGUGCUUACGAGAUCAACUUUCGAUUUGUUGAUAUCUGGUUAUAGAAGAGCAAACUUGCAUGAAAAGGUUGAUUUAGUGUUGUUGGACAUGAAAUCUGUGGGAUUAGCGUAACAGCUUUUGUGAUGACAGAUGAACUCCAUUCAUCUCCUCAACUUCUAUACCAGGCUGCAAUCAAAGUAACAACGGGAUUGAGGAAAGGUUAUUUUGUCAAAAUAAGGUUUCUUUAUGCUACAGAACCACUUAGAUUGGCGUGGCGCAUUAUGUGUAGGAAUCAAGGUUGAUGUUAAUUGUGAUUGCAAUUGUUUUAUGAGUUUAGAUUCAUGUUUGACAAAUAUGAUUUUGAAAGAACACGAUUUUGCAAAUUGAAUAGAUUACAAUUGUCUUUGAAAUCAAAUGGUUAAUGUUUGAAUAUUUUA